GCGCAGGCAACAACAGCGACGCUGACGUCGACAGCGCUGGUGCGAGCAAAAACAAAAAAAAAAAAAACAAAAAAAAGAUUACCAAAGAAAAAAUUUUGGUUUUUUUUUUUUUAUUUCAUUUUUGGUACGCGUCUAUAAACAUUGGUGCGCCCUUAUGCUGCCCAACCAUUCGCUCUUCAGAUUCGCGUGAAUGCGAACAUAUCGCAAAAAAACAUAAAAACAAAAGGAAAGAAAACAAACUGAAAAAAAAAAAUAGCAAAAAAGAUUCGGGACCAGCAUGUGAAAAUUUGACCUCGAAUAAAAUUUGCACAACUCUUGCCAAACAAAAAACGCCAACACAAAUACACAUUUAAACAAAGUUCCUAAAUUUUAUAUUAAAAAACAAAAAAAAAGAGAGAGAAAAGUCGCAAAUUGUGCACAAGUAAAAAAAAACUCAUAAAAAAAGUUCCUCAAUAAGCAGCCGAAAAUACUCGCAACACCUGCAAGUAUGACAGCACUUGGAUUACUUUUGCUAUCAAUGAUGGGUUACAGCCAACACAUGCAACCCGCCGGGACGGAGGGCGGUGCGGUCGCAUCUGGAGGCAGGUCACAGCUGCUGUCUCGCGCCGAUUGGGGAGCACGCAUGGCCAAGCAGGUUGAUUACUUUAAGGGACCAGCGCCCUAUGUCAUCAUACAUCACUCUUACAUACCCGCUGCGUGUGAAAGCACGCCGGAUUGCAAGCGCAGCAUGCGGAGCAUGCAGGACUUCCAUCAGGUGGAUCGCGGCUGGAACGAUAUUGGCUAUAGCUUUGGCAUUGGCGGCGAUGGUAUGAUCUAUACGGGACGCGGCUUCAAUGUCGUCGGCGCGCACGCUCCCAAAUAUAAUGACAAAAGUGUGGGCAUUGUUCUCAUUGGCGACUGGCAAAUUGAACUUCCGCCACCUUGCAUGCUGCAGGCUGCGAAGGAUUUAAUUACUUUCGGUGUAUCACAAGGCUACAUAGAUCCGGCAUACAAGCUACUGGGCCAUCGACAGGUGCGGGAUACUGAAUGCCCUGGCGGCCGACUGUUUCAGGAGAUUUCAACGUGGCCGCAUUUUACACAGGUCAACACCACAGACAUCGCAGCGGCACCGCCUGCGGCCAAAAAGAUUGAACCUAAACAUUGAAGAAGCUACUUAUUAAAGAAAAAUCACCAGAGUGCCUUUAAGAGAGAGAGAGAGAGAGGGAGAGGAAGUGGCGCCCAUAUACAGUAUUUCACAAUAGAGAGAGAAAGAGAGAGAGAGAAAGCAUAUAUAUAAAUAAAAUAAACUAUUAGCAUUACAAUUUAAAAAGCUUCCUCAUUUAAAAACUAUUUGUCUCAACAAUUUGCAAUUGAUUGCUCGGAAAUUUCGCAUGUCAAUGUUUUUUUUUUUUUUGAUUUUGUUUUAAUUAAAAACCGCUGAAAAGUUGUCUACGAUCAUCAAAUUGAUUUAUGGCCAUGACAAGUUUUCAGCUUGUCAUCAUAUAAAAAAGUAACAAAAACCACAGCAAAACAACAACAAAAUAUAAAUAGACUCAGUGCCAAAGUGUGCUUUAAUUGUAUUCAUUUGGGCUUUGAUUUUCAACAAAAAUGUAACUGUGCGCAAAAGGAAACAGGUCAACGAAAAUGAUUUAAUUAAGAGUGUUUGACCGGGAAAUAGUAGCUACUGAGUUCUAGAACAUCCAUUAAUCAUUGAUUUCAAAAUACGAAUGCAAAAACACGUAGUUAAGCACCGUUUGAUAAAUUCACUAAAUUAUUCGUCAUCGAAAUACCCAGCACUAAGUUAA